AUGAUCGAAAGAUUUAUGGGGGGAUUUCAAAUUUUCCAUUGCGGGAUUUCUUGGGGUAAAAAAAUUUGGAAAGUUCCGUUUGGGGUGGGGGGGGGGGGGUGCCGUGAGAUUUAAGUAAGUUUUUGGGGGGGGGGGGGGCGUGGUUCUAAACAAUCUGAAAAUUGGUGUUGCCGAUGGCACCUCUCGCGUAUACCAAUUGAGUAGUUCUGCCUGAUAAAGUACAACCCAAAUUGUUUUGCGGUUGCUUCAUUUACAUGCAAAUUUUCCAGUUGUCUGUCACUUUUAUUGUUUCUUUCCUAUUAAUUAGUAACUCAUCUUACGUUAGAAUUUUGUAGCUACUUCCAUUAACGGUUGUACUUCUGAAGAUGUAUGUGGAAGCAUACAAAACGUCAAGUCAAAAGUUGUAUUUUUUUUUUCUCGUUAUGCGCUUAUUUCCUUAUGUUAAUCAUCGCAGUUUGCGUGCUGUUAUUUCUUAUCAAGCUACGAUGGCUAAAGAACAGGAGUAUUUAUGAUAAAGUUGGCAAAUAUCAAACCCCCAAAAAAUCCGUGGACCAAAAUUGACCCACCCCCACAAACCCUAUGCCAAUACUUAUUGAGACAUGCAAACUUAAAACUAAUAAAGAUAAAGCUUUUCGCUGCUAAUAUUUUCAUUAACGGUAUGUUUCAAGUCCUUAAUUAGCAGUGUCUCCUUAACUUUUAAAUGGAUAUCAGACUUUCCUCUUGCCAAUAUGUCAAAGUGGUCCCAUUCUUAGGCUGUGACUUAAACUCCGGAGCCGCUCCGGAGCAACCUCUCCCCGGGCCUCUCUCCUCCCUGGGGUCGUGUCCCUCUCACACCUACUAUCCUGGAGCGAAUGUGACUGUUUUUUAUGGCUCCUUUUUUUAGAUAACGUCGACAACAGCAAAUAUUGUGGAUGCACAAAGAACAACUUCCCGCACUGCAACUGCUGCUCAGAUUUUGAAGACGUCAGGCAUCAAGGUAUCAGUUGAUUUCAAAGCGAACGGAUACUAGUAGAAAUAUCAAUUAAUGUACUAAAAUUUAUUUACUUACCGACUCACUUUUACGACCCUUAGGCAAUUGUCCUGGUGACAAAUUUUUACACUGAUUUCAAAAGGAGAGCUGCACGGGAUAUUGCUGGGAAUGAUUACUUGAUUAGUGGUCCAACUUAAACUGGAAAAUGAACAAAGACAUUAACAUCCGCUAAUAAUAUUGUUUGAAGAUUGACGAUAUUGCACAAUCCGGAACCGAACUCCGAACCAGGGUGAUUGGGGAGGGUGGGAGGGAGGAGGGGGGGAGGGAGGAGGGGGCUCUAACUCAUCUUGAAAGAAAAGGCACUCCUGUCGUAUACCUGCUAUUGACCCAAAUGGUGCCUCUUUUGCAUACCUGGCUUAAAAUGUUGCAUCUCUUUUAACUGCUGUAAACACACCUUUUUUAUCAAUAAAUCACUGAACCAGAAAGAUGAUUCUGUUAGCUCUUAAUGUAAAUGUAAAUGUACAUGUAAAUGUAGCGAUUGAGAGGACAAACAUACAUGUCCUCUUUACAUAGCUUUUUGCAGUGGGCGCGGACAUCAGCAUACUAAGGGCGCCGAUGGCAGCCGCUAUCAGUCCAUUUAUGAGCCCACUGAACCCUCCCAACCCAUGAUGAGUGAUGAUGUAAGUGAUGAAGAUAGACCACAACACCGGGAACUACGUCCCCUACUCUUUUCGAAUAGUGUGUGGGUUCUUUAACGUCCCACGUCUUAAUGUAAGGUCCUUUUACAUACCGCAAUGAAAAAUUUCCCUACCCUUUCAUAUAUAGCCUGUUCCAAGCUCCCAAGUCGCGCUUAUAUUUUCGCGCGCCUUUCACUUACGCGUCAUCCCUACUAUCUGAUAGCCUAGCUGGAACAGGUGACAUCCUCAAAAGUUACCCGGCCCUUUCGGACGGAGCGUGAGGUUAUAGCGAGUUCCCCCCCAGGGUUUCGCCGAACUUCAUUGUCAUUGACUGACUUAAUGCCUAAUUCCAGGUCUGGAACGGUACUUACUUAAACACAAGUUGCUUGUUUUUAUUUGUAUAGUGCUCCUCAAGGAGAAUACCGCUGUCCCACAGACACUACCUAUAAUCAUUUGCUCCUAUCCCGGCGUGCCACACAAGAUAGCUAGGCUGAUACAUAACUGGGCUCCACUAAUAACGCUUGACCAGAAUGAAGUGUGGCGUCCAUCAGGAGUAGAGCAUUUCUUGUCCAAUACCAAGUUGGAAGGGUGUGGUCAAAAGCCUGAACCCUCUUCGCUGACAAGUUCCAACCUAGAAAGGUGCAACGCAAACAGUUAUCUCACCACCAAGGAAAGCCUCAGCUGUCCUUUAUGUACUGAGCCUGUUUUUCUUCGUGGCCAACACCCAAGGAACGUGCCAUUAAACGUCAUCUUUCGAGAGCAUAAGAACUUCUUGGAAGUCGCGUACUGGACGUUCUUCCCGUACAACCGAGGAAAGAGGGUCUGCUUUGGAUAUGUUCAAAAAGGGUGUUUUCUUUUGGGGAGAAUUUGGGGCCGCUGUCCUUGUGGAGCGAACCUAGGUUGCAUUGGGGAAUAUUCAACUUUUGGCCACCACGUUGGGGAUUGGGAGAGAACAACGGUUCGAUUUCGAAAAAUCAAUAACGACUCUCUGAUCUAUUCCAUUCACUUGUCGAUCCAUGGCAUCGACGUUACAAAUAAGUUCGGUGGAGAAUUUCUUUGGCAAGAUGGUCAUUUUAAGAAGCGAGAUCAAACGAUAGCCAUGUAUGGUGGUACUCAUGCAGUGAUCUACUCGUCCGAGGGCUCGCACGGGAUGUGGCCGUCAGCUGGGAGACAUGAGUACAAAGUCCUUCCAAACGGAGACACUCUAGUGGACUACACCAGUAGUGGGUUAAGCUGGUAUACAUGGGAAAGAUUGAAACCCGUCCAGUACGAUCCUAGAGGUCAAUACAGCGGAGAGUUUAAGUUCCUGGGGUUUAAAGGCCGGUGGGGAAAUAGAAAACAGGGUUGCGGUAUCGUAGGGAUGGCCAUUGGUGAAUGUCAGCUUAAUAAUGCUCCAGAAACUCCCUCUAGUUUCCCUAACUACCAUGCAUAUUGA